UGCGGUUACAGUUGUGGAAAAAUCGGUUCCUACUUUAACAUCAGUAGAGAAUACCCUGGGAGAUUGUGAGAAGUCAUUCCCUGAAAAGGAAUGCGAUGUGUCGAAGGAGAUGGGUGGGGUUAAUGUAGCUUAUGGUAGUGGUGGGAAUAGACAUAGUGCGAGGUUGCAUAGUAUUAGAGUAUGUCAGCAGCAGAAGCAGCCAGCUUCUGGAGCUGCCCCGAAGAAUCCAGAUAAAUUGAAGAACACUACCUCAGUGGCCUUGGAGAAUUGUGAUGUAGAGGGACAGAGAAGUCCGGCAACACCCAUUCAGUCACAAUCACAGAGACAAAUAAACUCAUCAUCUGAGCAGAUUGUUAAAAAAUUUGUUUCCAGAAUUUCUAGAACAUCGUCAGCAAAGACUGAAGGCAAUAAGAACUGUGAUUUAGAGGGACUGGGAAAUCCAGCAACACCCAUUCAGUCACGAUUGCGGAGAAAAGUAAAGCCAUCAUCUGAGCAGAUACCUACAAAAUCUGUGUCCAGAUUCUCUAGAACUUUGUCAGCCAAGAGUGAUGUCUGUUAUAAGAAAAAGAGAGUGACAGUUGAAACAAAAGAGGGCAGGGCUAAGCAAAUACUGACUAAAUCUUCAUCUUCUGAGAAAAAUCUGCAUGAAAAGGAUGUAAGCCACUUGGUCAAGGGAAGGAAAAAGAAAACAUCCUCAGUUUCUGCAGAGGCAUUGAGUUUCAGAAAAUCCAGAUCUGGUAGGUUGCUUCUACCUCCUUUAGAGUUUUGGCGAAAUCAAAUACCAGUUUACAAUGCGGACCAUGAGCUUACAGAAAUUCAGGAAGGUGCAUCUUUGGUAUAACCCUGUAGAGUUACUUAAGCAUCAUUGAGCAGGUUUAACAAUCAAACGCGCAGCAUGAUGUGCGACAAGGAGUUAAAGGCCUAAUGCGCGGUAUGGGUCAUCUCUGUAACUAUACCCUCUUUGGUUAUUGUUUUUAUAUCUUUUCCAUGUUAGUGUCUACUAACUGAAUCAGAUGUGUAAUGAUUUAAUUAUAUCAUGGUUAGGCCGAAUACCUUUUUGUAU